UUCCCCGUCCUCCUAAUGCCUUUAUACUUUUCCGUUCUUCCUUCAUUAAAAGUCAGCACGUCUCCACGGAAUUGACGACCAUAGGCGUAAGUUCCCUCAAUACGCUUUUCGUCCAUUACAUACCAAGGCAAAGGGAGGGACUGAAAAGAGGAAGGUCAGAGAAGUCGGUCCGAAGGAUAUGAAGCGAUGUGCAAAGAUUGCUGAGCUGUUGGUGGAAGGAAAGAAAGGACACGAACUGGAUGCCGCCAUUCAGGAAUUCGAUAAGUAUCAUGUACCGGAAAUGGUCACCCGCUUUGAGGCACCCAUAACUGAACGGACAUUCCAAUGUUCGUCCGAGUCAACUGUGAAGACUGAAGACAGUGACGCGAUUGGUCCUAUACCCUCUCGUCCUUCCAGGUCCACUUCAAGGUCCCCUCAAAUGCAGUCUCCGAGCGUUGAUGGGGAUGCACAAUACACACAGUCUAGAUCUGCAUCGCCGGGUCCUCCGCCUUUAGUCGAUCGAGACCAGGUCGAACAGUACCUAUCACAACUUGCUUCGUCAGGUUUCCCUCCUCCCUCUCCUCAGGUUGAGUCAGAUUGCAACUACAAUUUCUCAUCGCAAGAGGAAUCUUCAUUUGGCGUAUCCACAUUCUCUUUCAACUUAAUGCCUCAUUCGCCCGGACCGCAUAUUUCUACAGGCGUCUCUUCUAUGUCUGAGGGUUUAGUGUCGAACACUAUGAACUUAUUCGAUGACGUCCCAUCAAGUGCUAUGCAAGGUCGUCCGUCCCUCUCCAUCGAUACUUCAUAUCCGAAUAUGCAGCUUAUGAUGGAUGAUUGGACGACACGGACAUCGUCCCCCAUAUCGAUGAAUAACAUGAGCAUUCCAUCUACGCCGUGCUAUCCUGUCAGCCCAAUGUCUGCUCCUGCACUUUCCUUGUACCAACCGAUGCAUACUCUCCGUCACACCCCCUCCUCAAAUUCUCUUGAAUCGACGAUGUCGUUUGACUCGACAGCUUCGUAUGAAGAUUUGUCUGGUGCUUAUUCGAACGAAUAUUAUUCUCCAGCGAUAUCAGGCGACUAUCCUCAGUAUAGUCCAGAGAUACCGAUGCCGAUGGUGUUUGGAGCAGGUAAUGAACUUGCGAACUUUGCUCCUGAUGAUUAUGGCCUCCCGCCGUCAGAGGUUACCUGCAGCGGUGGAAUUGACAAUAUCCUCUUCGAAAAAAACCAAGCACACUACCGAUAUCAUCACCCCAGUGACGAUGCCAUUAUAGAUUACUCAACGUUCAUUUCCUCACCCCUCUCUUUGGGCCAGUAAUGAUUCUAGCGGGAUUCAAAUUGAAUUCCUGAUCAUUCCUUUCAAGUUCCCUUAUUGCGAUAUGCCGUUCAUCCCCUCUCCAUCUGUCUUUACUCUCACCCAAAUUUCUUCUGCUCUAACUCCGAAGCCGACCACCUUCUUGAAUA